AUGGCUUUCACUUUCUGGCACGAGUCUCUGUCCUCCACACUCAUUGGUCUCGAGGCCCAGUCCAUCGUGCAGUUCCGCGGCAUUCCGUAUGGCACAGUAACACACCGGUUCGCCGACCCAGAUUCCGCCGUACACUUGCCAACUCUGCUUGAUUGCACCAAGUACGGCCCUCGAUGCCCACAUGUGCCUCUCGACGUCGUACACUUCACCGCGCCCGAAGACGAAUUGAGAUGUCUCAACCUCGACGUCGCCAUACCUAAGAAGUACCUCUUUGACGGGGGCCGUCUUCCAGUCAUGGUUUGGAUCCAUGGAGGCUCACAGGCCGUGACGUUUGGAAGUGCCGCUUCCGGUGUUUGUGAUAUGAAGACCAUCGUGGGCGACAGUUUGCGGCUCGGAAAGCCAAUCCUCGCCGUUUCCAUUCAAUACAGGCUCAACAUCUUCGGAGUAGGCGACGAAAAAAGCUCCAAGACUGUUGCCUUACGCGAUCAAGAAUUAGCUCUUCAAUGGGUGCAAAAGCACAUAUCGGGCUUUGGUGGUGAUCCUAGGAUAGAGUAG